AUGAAUAGAGACAGAAGAUCCAAGAAGCGAGCCGCUGCCUCAACAGACAGCAAUGAAACAGGAUCAAGUGAUAUCCUUCCGUUCACAUCAGAUGAUUGUAUGGAACCCACCAAAAUCAUGGAUUUAUUCGAAGUAUGUUUCAAAAACGUCCUCGAUUCUCCUGAGUUACAAGAGCAUAUUCAAGUAGUGAAAGGAGAUUUAUAUAAUCGAGAUUAUCUUUCUGCAUUUAAUAAUGACGAUAAAAGAUUCGCUUAUGCAUCGCGUUGGACACCAGCUAGGGCAUUGGCAUAUACUUCGCUUUUCGCAUCUUUGGAACCAAUUAAAGAAUUAAUGGAAGAUCCUGAGUCUAAGAAAUCAGUCUUAUGCGUUGGCGGCGGAGCAUCUUCAGAAUUGGUAGGGUUGGCAGCAGUGUUCGCUAGAUUAAAGGAAUACAAUUCCGGCUCUGCCUCAGAACUCAAUAUUAAGUUGAUCGAUAUCGCAGAUUGGUCAUUGGUUGUGAAUAAUUUAACAUCGUAUAUGAAAAGCAAUUGGGUAUAUCAUCAAGAAAAGCUCAAUUCUGAAUUCGUUUGUGGAGAUGUCUUGACUGUCAAUCCAGAUUCCCUCGGUCUCGAAACUCUUGAUUUAGUUACGCUCUUAUUCACAACAAAUGAAUUGUUUGCAGAAAAGAGAAAAGAAACUAUAAGACUCCUUCAAUUAUUGAAUUCAAGAUGUAAACAGGGAAGUCUUUUGUUAAUAGCAGAAAGUGCAGGUUCAUACUCACAUAUCACGAUUGGAGAGAGGCGGUUCCCAGUCCAAUUUUUAAUAGAUACAGUAUUAAUAGGCAAGCCGGGUGAAAGUAACGGAGCGUGGGAAAUAGUUCAACAAAGCGAAAGUUGUUGGUAUAGAAUAAAUCAAAAAGAAGUGGAAUAUCCUAUGAAAUUGGAGAAUAUGAGAUUCUUUUAUAGACUUUAUAGAAAGAACUAG